GCCACCCGAAAAACGAGGUGUAUCCACGCACGAGACCAGCGCUCCGGAACGAAAAACCGGGAAUAGGGAAAGUUUUUGUGUAUAACUUGUGCUAAAAGUAUCAUCUCAAAACAGCGAAAUGUUCCGUUUGCCAACAGUGUUGCGAGUUGCUGCCGCCCGACAGGUCGCUGCCAGCCGUGGCUACGCUAAGGAUGUGCGCUUUGGGCCCGAAGUACGUGCCCUAAUGCUGCAGGGUGUCGAUGUGCUAGCAGAUGCCGUUGCCGUCACGAUGGGACCAAAGGGACGUAACGUCAUCCUGGAACAAAGCUGGGGCUCGCCCAAAAUCACCAAGGACGGUGUAACGGUGGCGAAGGGCAUCGAGCUAAAGUGCAAGUUCCAGAACAUUGGCGCCAAGCUGGUGCAGGAUGUGGCGAACAACACGAACGAGGAGGCCGGUGACGGUACCACGACCGCUACCGUGCUGGCCCGCGCCAUCGCAAAGGAGGGCUUCGAGAAGAUCUCGAAGGGUGCCAACCCGGUCGAAAUCCGGCGCGGUGUGAUGCUGGCCGUCGACACGGUGAAAGAGCACCUGAAGACGCUGUCGCGCAAGGUGAACACGCCCGAGGAGAUUGCCCAGGUGGCAACGAUUUCCGCGAACGGUGACCGCGCGAUCGGCGAUCUGAUCAGCGAGGCAAUGAAGCGCGUCGGCAAGGAGGGCGUGAUUACGGUGAAGGACGGCAAGACGCUGAACGACGAGCUGGAGGUGAUCGAGGGCAUGAAGUUCGACCGGGGCUACAUCUCGCCGUACUUCAUCAACUCGAGCAAGGGCGCCAAGGUCGAGUUCCAGGACGCGCUCGUGCUGUUCUCGGAGAAGAAGAUCUCAACGGUGCAGUCGAUCAUUCCCGCGCUGGAGAUGGCGAACCAGCAGCGCAAGCCGCUGGUCAUCAUUGCGGAGGACGUGGACGGCGAGGCGCUCAGCACGCUGGUGGUGAACCGGCUGAAGAUUGGCCUGCAGGUGGCCGCGGUAAAGGCGCCCGGCUUCGGCGACAACCGCAAGUCGACGCUGUCCGAUAUGGCCAUCAGCACCGGCGGCAUCGUGUUUGGCGAUGAUGCGAAUCUGGUCAAGCUGGAGGAUGUGCAGCUGUCCGAUCUCGGCCAGGUGGGCGAGAUCACGAUCACCAAGGACGAUUGUCUGCUGCUGAAGGGGCGCGGCAAGCAGGAGGACGUGAACCGCCGGGCGGACCAGAUUCGGGACCAGAUCGCGGAAACGACGUCCGAGUACGAGAAGGAAAAGCUGCAGGAGCGUCUCGCACGCCUGUCGUCCGGUGUGGCCGUGCUGAAGGUCGGUGGUUCGAGCGAGGUGGAGGUGAACGAAAAGAAGGACCGCGUGAACGAUGCUCUGUGCGCAACCCGAGCCGCCGUCGAGGAAGGCAUCGUGCCCGGUGGUGGUACCGCGCUCAUCCGCUGCGCACCGGCCCUGGCCAACCUGAAGGGAGCAAACGAGGACCAGAACACGGGCAUCGAGAUUGUGCGCCGUGCGCUGCGCAUGCCGUGCACCCAGAUCGCCAAGAAUGCCGGCGUCGAUGGGUCGGUGGUGGUGGCGAAGGUGGAGGAGCUGAAGGGCGACUUCGGAUACGAUGCGCUCAACAACGAGUAUGUGAACAUGAUCGAGAAGGGCAUCAUCGAUCCGACCAAGGUCGUCCGGACGGCGCUGUCCGAUGCGUCUGGCGUUGCGUCGCUGCUCACCACGGCCGAAGCGGUCGUGACGGAGAUCCCGAAGGAGGAACCGGCCGGCCCGAUGGGUGGUAUGGGAGGAAUGGGCGGUAUGGGAGGCAUGGGAGGCAUGGGCGGUAUGAUGUAAGAUAGCUCCUCAGAUCCAAACCUAUCCUUACUGUAGAAAGAGAGAGAGAGAGGGAGAGUGUGAAGCUGUAAUGGUAAGAGACCGCGUUUCGAUUCAUCGAUGAAAGUCCUAGCAGCCUAACACCUGAAUCGGAACGGUCGGCCGUCUUUCUUUGAACACCUUCGCAGUUUAAAGUUCAGUUGAAUGCAUUUAUUGUUUACAAAACGACAAAUCAUCCCUUCUUUCCGCUGUGUGUAACAGCUCCACCCGCCAUGUCAUGCUUCGAGCGUGGAUUCGUUGUAACGCCAGAAUGUAUGUUUCCAGCCGAUUGGCGAUAUUCUCAACACGCUCGAACAUCUCUGUACGCGUCGCGAAGGUGUUAACAGUUCAGGUAGGGGUUAAGCAAUGCGUAUAGGUUUUGUUUUAAAUUAAAACACACUUGCGCGUCUCGUCACGGACGCGCAUCACCCUACCGAUAAACCGAGAGGGAGAAAGAGGGAGUAAUAUCAUCCGGGUUUCGGGCUGUAUUUAGAGCGAGCGAAACGUAGUUGAACAAUAUUUAGAAACUUAAUGUCAUAGUUUAUUUGGCUAGGUGGCAGUAGCAGAAGGGAAUUCCGGUAGAGUUUAUUCCUCACUACGAUAGGAAAAGGAUAGUUUAAGCAAAAGCAGGAUUUACCCCGAGCCAGUAGUACGCACGUGGGAUGCAUUUUGUCCUGUACACACAACCACAAGGAUCGACGACAGCAGUACGCGAUCAGUUUUUAGUCUGUAAGAGAGUACGCUAUAUCUUUACCCUUGAACCACCCAAUAGAGUUAUUGGAGGCGAGAUGCGAGGAAUAGCCAAGUAUAGUUUGGAGUUGAGUGCGAAUUGUAGUAAUAGACACACCAUUAUUGUAGUUUGUAGACGUUUCUGUUUAGUUUUUCUCGUUUAUUCUGUUCUUUUCAAGAAGAACGCUUUGUUCCAUUGGCUGGGGAGAGGGACAGUCUUUGAAUUAAACUCUGGAAAGCCAUGUACAACAGUGUUGGCAUCAAACAUUUCUCCUUUUUGGUUUAAUUUUGCAAGCUAAGGACAAUAAGGUGAAACUAUUGUACCACUUUCGAUCACAUCCCAUGGCAUGCCGUGUGUUCCUAUCAGCUUCCCAAGAAAAAGGAAUAAAUUAAAGCUCAGUGAUUAACGAACAACCAAAA